AUGCGACGUGGAGAUUUUGAGCGUCGGCGCCUUCGUGAUUUGUACGAGCGGAAUGUGCGCCGGGUGCGGGCUUUGGCGGAUGCGCGAGAUGGGCGAAGGUCUGGCAGGGACGAUGAUAUUGCGGCUCCCCGCCGUUACGUCGUCAGCGAGCGUCGAACUCGCCUCGAAGGAUUUGGCCGUGGUGGCUACCAAGUGCAGCGGUCACGCCGGUUUGGCCGCGAUCCAAGGAUCCGUCGGUUCAGCGACAGGGGCGUUUACCGUCGCGGUGCCCUGGACCGCUUUGAGCGUGAGGAGGACUUCGAGCGGAAGUUGCGUCGUGAACGUUUCCGCGAACGCCGUCUUAAUGAGGGCGGACUGCGGUUCGGUCGUCUGCGCCUUCGCCGCAGCGAACGACGGGAGCUUCGCCAACUGCGAGAGCUCCGAGAACUCCGUGAACUUCGCGCCCUACGAGGCGCACAACGAAACCAGGGCAAUGGCGAUCGGCGCGGCAAGCUAGACAAGGAAUUGGAUCGCUACAGAAAGGACCAGCGCGGCGGGCGCAGGGGUGGAGGUGGCCGUGGCCGUGGUGCACCAAAUUCGGUGACGAAGGAAGGACUCGACGCGGAACUUGACCGCUUCCGCGGCGGCAAUUAG